UCUCAGAACGCCGAGGUGCCUCGACCAAGCGAGAGGUGAAAGAUCCGUCGUCUUCUGCUGCGGAAAAAAUAAAACAAAAAAUAAUCGCCGCUUGGACGUCGACUGCGAAAGUUGAGUCAACCACCUCGGGAGGCAAAGUGUGCUUUUCGGCGUUUGUUAGGAAAAAAAAAUGUCCCUUAAAUUUUGGGUUUUGUGACGGAUUAUGUGCAAAUGAAAUGUUGGAGGCAAAGGAUAUUUGUAGAAUACCGUUAUGGAAUGUUUGAAGACGUUGCAAACAAUCGCGCUGUUCGCUUAUGGUCGGUGUUUGGAUUAAUAAUCUAGUAAUAUGUUUUCUAAAUAUCGAUAUUUUACUUAACUAUUAUCGUAAUCUUUGUAGAGUAGUCUUCUACGGCCUAUGCUAGUUGGAAUAGUAAUGAGAUUUAUCUUCAACUUUUGCCUGGUGUUUUGCUAUUUCGUAAUUUAGUCGAGUCUUUCACCAAGAACUCUGUAAUUGUCAUUGUUAAAAGAAAUCGACUUCUUGGACGAUUUCGGACAUAUUUUUGCUAUGGCAGAACUCUUAGGCUUCUAACUAUAUGUAUAUAUAACUGCUCUUAUAUAGCUAUAUACUCGUAGUAGACCGAAGUGUUGUGAAUUUUUCUUGUCAACUUUUGCUAUUUGUGUAUGUACAGCGUAACUUUAAACCGCGAGCUUUUUCAACAAAGGAUUUUCUAUUCCCUAUGGAUGUUUCGUGAAAAUUUUUGAACUCCUCAUCUUUUGUGAUAUUUCAAGAUUAUACGUAACAUUUCAUAUUCUCCGUUUGGGACUCUACUGGGUUCUGAUUUAAAAACCCAUCUGCUGGAAAAAAAAAGAUGAUCAUGUUACAGAUUUGUAGGAUUAUCUUCAUACUGCUAUUAAGCGAUUUGGCUUCUGCAUCAGGUGCUAGACGAGGUGGUGUGCCAUCUAUAGCAUUGAGGCCUCCAUUAGCAGCAGAAGAUCGAGUUCAUUCCAAAACAACUUAUUCCUGUGAAGGCCGUGAGCUUCAUGUUGAAUGCGAAGAUGGCUUAGUAAUUCGCUUAAUCCGAGCCCACUAUGGGCGAUUUAGCAUAAGCAUGUGCAAUGAUAAUGGCCAUGUGGACUGGAGUGUUAACUGCAUGUCCUACAGGUCUUUUCUAAUUAUGCAGGAUAG